CGUGGGGAAGAGCCCUCUGAGGAAUCAGCCUGGACUGCUUGGGAUGACUCCGCUUUAUUGCAGACCCGACGGGGCCAGACGGUGGUUGGAGUGCUCCUCCUCAGAUAACUCUUCUUUCGGGUGCUUCUUCCAGCCACCCCGCUCCGCGGUUUUAAAGCCGGGCCGCCGCCGCCGCCCCCCCCUUCCACCUCUUCCAUGCAGACACCCCUGAGUACGAGCCCCGCCAGCAACCGCUCCACCCAGACGUAAACUUUUUGGAAGCAGCCAGCGGGCAGGAAGGAAAUAGGUGUUAACCCUUCCGCAGCCACGCCCGGCUAAGGGCUGCCGCCUAGGAAUCAACCCAGCCAAGGAGACAAGCGGGUGCCGCGCAGAAGCGCUUGUCUUUCCCUGGCUGGUGCUUUGCAAGGUUCGUCAAGAGUUAAAGUGAACGAGAGCAGCUUAAGUCUCCUCUGUAGGGAAAGGGGAGGGGACAGCCAAAUAAUAAUAGGAAACUCGAAGGGGUGGGAACCACUUUGCAAAAAGGAAGCUUUUUUGAAUGACCUAGGGAGGCAGCCCCGGCUUUUGUUAUGCAAGUGGAGCAGCGUAUGGAAGAGGCGCGAUGCGAAGCGCAGGCGAUGCAGCCGCCUCCGGAGAGACCAGUGCCCUUCCUGAGCGAGGACUGUGGUUUCUGAGGUUACCCAGAAGGUGCUAGACAUCGGAGCAGCAGACAUUUGGACAUUGCAAUCAGGGCAGCUGGUGAAAUUUCUGCUCCACAGCACCUCUUGGCAGCUGUCUGGAGAACUGCGAUCCAGGCUGGAACCAUGGACUCUACCACAGGGUCCCAUAUGAAGGUCUAUAGUGAUUAUGUCAACUAUGGAAUCAUCAUUGAGCAUUACAACUUCACAGGGAAGCUAAAUGAGAAAGUGGACACUGGGAUCAAAGUAUCUUCAGUGGUCUUUAUCAUCAUUUGCUGCUUCAUCAUCCUAGAGAACAUAUUUGUCCUUCUGACUAUCUGGAAAACCAAGAAGUUCCACAGGCCUAUGUACUACUUCAUUGGUAACUUGGCACUCUCUGAUUUGCUAGCUGGGGUAGCUUAUGUUGCCAACCUCUUAUUAUCUGGACACAAGACCUACACCCUCACCCCUGCCCAGUGGUUUCUUAGAGAAGGGAGCAUGUUUGUGGCAUUGUCUGCUUCAGUGUUCAGCCUCCUGGCCAUUGCCAUUGAGAGAUACAUUACAAUGCUUAAGAUGAAACUCCAUAAUGGCAGCAACAGUUCCCGUUCUUUCCUGUUGAUCAGUGCCUGCUGGGUCAUCUCUGUGAUACUAGGAGGUCUCCCAAUUAUGGGCUGGAACUGCAUCAAACUCCUACCAAGCUGUUCCACUGUACUGCCCCUCUACCAUAAGCAUUAUAUCCUGUUCUGCACCACAGUGUUCACUGGCCUCUUGUUGUCUAUAGUAGUUCUUUACUGCAGGAUCUACAUCUUGGUAAGGACAAGGAGCCGUAGGCUGACUUUUCGAAAGAAUGCUGCCAAAGCCACCAGGAGUUCCGAGAAGUCUCUGGCUCUGCUCAAGACAGUGAUCAUUGUUUUAAGUGUAUUCAUUGUCUGCUGGUCUCCUUUGUUUAUCCUUCUCUUGCUGGAUGUGAGAUGCAAAGUCAGGUCUUGCCCAGUCCUCCUCAAAGCUGAAUAUUUCUUAGUACUGGCAGUUCUCAACUCGGCUACAAAUCCCAUCAUCUAUACGCUAACCAACAAGGAGAUGCGGAGGGCCUUUGUCAAGAUUAUGUCAUGCUGUAAGUGCCCCACCACAGACUCUGGAACCAAAUUCAAGAGGCCAAUCAUUGGGGGAAUUGAGUUCAGUCGAAGCAGGUCUGACAAUUCCUCCCAUCCGCAGAAAGAUGAGGGCGACUCUCCAGAGACUGUUGUGUCUUCGGGUAAUGUCACCUCCUCAUCUUAGGAGCUUUCAUGAGGAGGAGGCAUGAGCCCGCCGAAGGCUGACACAUGGAAUGGUUCUGCUCACUUGUCUCCAGCCAAGAAGAGAGAAAGGAUAUGUGAGAAGAGAUAGGUCUGAAGGGGAAAGUGGGGGCACUUAACUAGGGGUGAAGUGGAUGGCUUCCACUUGAAAACAUUCACUCCCUGGAAGCUUGUUGUGUGGUGUCAGGUUUGCACCAAGGCCACUUAAGGUUGUUGAAAGUGUUUAUGUCCUACAUAACUCUGAAGACUGAAACCUUGGUAAAGCAACGCCUGUUGAAUGAGAGUGUGAGUAGGGGUGUGGGUGGGCAGAGGGAAAAGGUAUAGUCAAAUAUUCUUUUCCUCUCAAGAAAAAUGUGAACCCAUGAAACAAAGAUCAUGCUGUUUUUGAAUUACCACCCUCCCCUCCUUACUGAGCAGCAAGGGCAGCAAAUGUGUCAGCAGAUUCUUUCUGGGUAAAUGUAAAGAGAAUCUAAGGGUUUUGCCUCAACAUAUUGGCCAAGGUGCAAGUGACACUCUGGCACUUGACUUUCAUCUGAAAGUCGGUGGGAACUGGAACACUGAAGACUGCAGUGGGUUAGUCUGAAGAACACAGCCGCCCACCAUGUGCUGUAGCUGAAUCUCCCUGCAUUCAAUGGGACUGCACUUGAGUUAGGUUGGGGCUGUUUGGAACUGAGGAAAUGUCAUCUGAACCUUGGAACUGGAUUUGAUAAAUGAGCUACUCAAUAACAAAGUACAUUUAUUAUUGGCAAUUUCUAUAGUGCCUCAGUAUAUGAAGUGCUAUACAACAACUAUUGUCUCAUUUAUCCUCACCAUAAUACUAUCAUAGCUUAGUCUGAGAGAUGACUUUUAGGGGCAUUUGAAGCAUUUAAAGUUGGAUAAGGUUUGUCUUCUCUACAAGGCAAUGGUCUACAUUCCACUGGAUCACGCUCCAGAUCUUUUUAUAUCCCAGAACAUUCAUGAUUUUGACAGGUGUUUAUCAUUUUUCAAUGUCCACAGAAAGUAUUUGUGUUUAAUUGAAUGUAAUUUGUUACAGCAUCAACUGUUAGUGUGUGUGUGUGUGUAUAUAUUCUAACCCGAAUUCAUCGGGUUGAAUGUGUAUAAUGCUAACAAGCAUAGUGGCUGUCGUCUUCAAUUUUAUCAAGACUUUGGACCCUACCUUUAAUCUCAGCCUGCAAUGUGGGACCCAGUUUUAAUUAUUUUGUGCAUGUCUCAGUCUUUUUUCUUUUUUCCUUAGGAGUGACUAGUUGCAAAAAUGAGGAUAGCAGGACUACUUCAGUCCAGUUGUAGGAGAGAAAAUUUCAGCAGAUUAAACUUGCCAUGAAAGUGCGGGGAAGAGAGACCCAAAAUAUUAGCACAAAAUUACUCCCCAACUGUUAAAGUCACAGGAACUUUCAUCCUCCUUUGGGGAGGAGCCAUAAUUGAGUUGUAGAGCACAUGUUUUUUAUGCAGGAUAUUCCAAACCUAAACAUUGAAAAGAAGUUAACAGUAAGGUCUCCAUUAGCAUGAGCCACAUGUGGUCCCUGAUCCACCAGUUGAAGACUAGUGACCUAGAGCAUUACUGUGGUAAUGUAUUGGACAGCUGAUUCAUGUACAAAUAUUGGUUGAAUUUAUAAGUGGGGUUUUUAUAAGACUGUUGGCCUUCUAGUAUUUCUAGUGCAAUUUUUUUAAAAAAUAUUUAAAAUGUUUCUGACUGGUUGUACAAUUUGCACAUAGCUUCAUUGACCUCUAAACAUUAAUAAACUGGGGGUUUUCUACGA